AUGGCCGACCUCACCCCCAUUCUCAACGAGCUUCUGAAAAGCCAUGAUGCUCGACCGACAGCAGAUCCGUCCUUGUCCCUGCGGAAUAUUGACAGCUUCUUAAAGGAGGCCUACGAGAUAAACGCGGGCAUUGUCUCGUUGAACAGGGAGCUUCGGGGGAUCCGCCAGUCCUACCUCUCCACCGCACCACCUCCUCGCCGCUCAGUACUAUCGCAGCACGGGAAGCCAUGGCAACACCUGACCGACCGUCAAAAGGACCAGAUCGAUGCCGAGACCAAGCAGCUCCUGCGGGAUCUCGAUUGGCGGAUCCAGUCCCUCGCGGGGGCUGAGACUACACGACAGGAGACGGAACAGGCCGUGCGGAAGGGGAAAUAUGCGAAGAUGGGCCUCGGCGCCCUGGGGCAGUGGGCGGCGGGCGGGGUCGGGCAGUCCAAAACGCUGGACGAGCAGCUGGACGAGGCCAAGAGCAACCAGGUGAAGGUGCACCGCGAGAGCGUGCUCUGGUAUCUACGAGAGAAGCUACACGAAUGCGGGAGGGCGCAAGCCGAGAUGAUGGAGAAGAGGAUCAUGCGCCAGCUGGAGAAGAACAAGAACAUGAUCUCCAAGUCACGGAUGGGCGGCGGGCCAGAGCUUGCGGGAUUCGGGCACACGCCAAUGCCCCCACCGAACACAUCUGCAGAGAGAGAGCCCGUCCCGGAGCAAGAAAAUCUGACGCCGGAACAAAUCCAGAUGUUCCAGAAGGAGGAGGAGGACAUGUUAAAGCAUUACGAGAGCACGUUGGACCAGGUGAGGACGGCGGAGAAAUCUCUCAUGGAGAUAUCGGAGCUGCAGACUCAACUCGUGAACAACUUGGCUGUGCAGUCCGCGCACAUCGACCAGCUGGUGACGGAUUCCUUCGUCACGGCGGAGAAUGUCGGAGGGGGCAACAAGCAGUUGAAGAAGGCGACGGAGCGGAAAAGCACGGCGAAAUACGUCUUCUACGCCUCCUGCGGGCUGAGUGCCUUUCUGAUUGUGUGGGACCUCGUAAUCUGA